AUGCCAGCCGCUGACAUUUCAACAGAAAUCAAGGUCCAAACAAUCAAGCUGAGUCAUGUUUCUACUCCUCGUUGUCCAACCCUGUUUGCUAACUUGGGUGGCACCAACAACUCACGCAUUGUAGUGUAUGUUUCAUUUCAACGUUCCUUCCUCCUCUCGUUCUCCCUCGCCAGCCAGUGCUGUCCAGCUUCGUCCUUCUUUUCUAUUAACUCAAUAAGCAUGGAGCCCUCACUGAUCAAUCAAACCAGAGGCGAGUCUGAUCUAAUGGAGAUGGAUCGCACUAUAUUUCCGUCCUACAUGAAUACACUUGGAAGACCAUCUAAAGCUGGAUUACUGAGGCGACAGAGCAUGUUCAAUUACUCUGAUCGAUUCAAUGACGAGGUUGACUCUGGCUUUACUAUAUCUCGUCCAAUUGCUCCACCCCCUUCACCACAAGAACCAUCAAUGCUUGAUUCCUUGUUUGGGGCCUCAUUGUCCGCUAAACUUCAGGCUGUGAGUGCGAGUAAUGACGGCACUGUUUUUCACAAAGACACUCCUCCAGUGGAACACAGAGCUUUUGAGAGUACAGAAGAACACGCGCUAACUCUGGAUAAGCUUCUCCGUCGGACUUUCACCCAGCAGAGCAGAGGUGUUAUGAAGAUCAAGUCAAAAAGACCAGUGUCUCAAUCAUUCGCAUCACAGCAUGGAAAAUUUAUUCGCAGACGACGUACACGCACUCGACCAUCCAGGAUCCCACUAUCAGCAACUCGUAUUCAACAAAGAUCUAGUAUCCAAAAUGCUACGAAUGAAUUGGCCGAUUCAAUUUCCAUGGUUCAGAUCACGCCUGAGGAUGAACAGCUGCAAUGGUGCCAUGGUGUGUCAUCGCCUUCCUCAUGGAGGGCCGACGCCAUCAAACAAAAACUCAAAGGUAUAACUGAAGCCGCCGAGAAGAUGGACCAACUCAAGCGGGCGAGGGGACAAUCACAAAACUCGACAAAGCAUAGUGAUCAUAAAAUUGGGAGCGUGGAGACAAUUAUCCAAGAUUUGCACGAAAUGGGUCUUUGA